AUGGCGUCGGUCGUGCGCACUCCUUCCCCUCUCUCGGCCGGCUCAACCCUCCCCAUAAACCUCCCAACCCUGCCACCAUACCAUGCCUCAACAACCCCACCACCACCCAAGCCCUCCCUCGGCUACAGAGCCUACCCCGCCUACCACCCGCAAUCUGUCGACGUGAGCGUUAUUGUUUCCCAGGCAGCCGACACGGCCGCGACAUCGUCGGCAUCGGGCUUCCGUCGUGCACACUCCCGCCCCGCGAGUCUAAGCAUGGCCCGCGGCGCCUCCUUUGACGCCGAAAAGGGCGCUGCACCCCCCACACGUCCAAGUUACGAUUCCCGCCGCUCCCAAGACCUCCGCGAGCUCAACAUGCGAUCGAGCUACGACAUUCGCCGCUCUCACGACCUCCGCGCCAGCGUCGACUUUGGCGCAACCCGCCCAACUACCGACUUUGGGCGCCCAUCGCACGACUUUGCGGCAGCCGCCUUUCCUCCUUCAUGGGCACAUCAGAUGAACGAUGAACCUCCUCGCAGCCGAAUUCCGCUGCGCCAGCUCGCGGUCCGCGCUGCUCGCGACCGUCUCGGAUGCGGGGACCGCUCCGGAGCCCUAGGCCGGGGCCUCAUUAUCGGAUGGGUGAUCACCACCCUCGGCUUCGUCGCAGCCACGGCUUUCUGGAAAGGGGAGCUAUUUGCUGCUCUGGAUCACCUGAGUAAGGAUCUGUACGACAUGGGUUACCAGGGGCUGCUCGUGUUUGGCGUGCUCAUCUUCAUCACGACCAUCCCGCCGCUGCCACUGUACUCGACCCUCAUCGUAUUGUCUGGCUACACGUUUGGCGUAUGGAACGGCUUCGUGGCGAGCUACAUUGCGUCGCUCGUCGGCGCCGUGGUGGUGUUUGUGGUGUCGCGCACUAUGUUGCGCGAUGCUGUGACGCGAUCGCUCGCCUCGUCACCUACGGCGAUAUCGCUCCUCCAGAUCAUCCCGCAGAACCCGCACCUCCUUCUCCUGAUCCGCAUCGCACCGUACCCAUACAACUUGCUGAACGUGGUUCUCGCGUCAGCGCCCUCGCUCAGCCUGCAGACAUACACGUCGUGCACAGCCCUAUCCCUCUGCAAGCUGGUGCUGCACACGUGGAUUGGGGCUGGCAUCCACGACCUGUCUGCGGCCUAUGGAGCCGGAGAGGAGGGAGGCGAAACCGCGCCGCACGACGACGCGAGGCACGAGCGUGUCAAGGCCGGCGUGACAUGGGGUGGCAUCGUGCUGUGCUGCAUCCUCUUCGUGUAUCUCACGCACAUCGCCAAGAAGGCGAUUGCACGUGCGCAGGAGGAACAGUUGGGCACAGGCAUGGGCAUCCCCGAGGAGGAGGUUGCGUUCCUGAGUGCGGUGGGAGGGCGGGACGACUCAGAGUAA